AUGGACGUUGAGCAGGUCGAUCUUUUCCGUGGUUGGCCCAACCCCGCCUUGCUGCCCACGACGGCCUUGGCUGAGGCCUCUGCGAAAGUGUUGGCCACCCCGGCCAUUUGGACUCCGGCCUUGAUGUAUGGCCCCGAUGAAGGGUACCAGCCGUUGCGCGAACACAUCGCUCGCUGGCUAACGACGUUCUACCAGCCACGCGACCGCAUCACUCCCGAACGCAUUUGUAUCACGGGUGGCGCCAGUCAGAAUGUAGCCUGUAUUCUGCAGGUCUUUACUGAUCCUGUCUACACACGCAAUGUUUGGAUGGUCGCACCCGCCUAUCAUCUCUCCUUUCGCAUCUUUGAUGAUUCCGGGUUUACUGGUCGCCUGAGGGCCGUUCCCCAGAGUGAUGCGGGGUUGGAUUUGGCCUAUCUCCGACAGGAGCUGCUUAUUGCCGAGGAGCGGGCAAGGAGGGAAGAUAAUAACGCACCGAACUACAAACCUACUAGGCCAUGGGGUAAAGUCUACAAGCAUGUCAUCUACGCUACCCCCGCCUUUUCCAACCCGUCGACGCUCACCAUGUCCUUGCCUGAUCGGGAGAAUCUGGUUCGUCUCGCGCGAGAAUUUGACGCCUUGAUCAUCACCGAUGAUGUAUAUGAUUUCCUUCAGUGGUCACCCGACCCAGCCAAGACAUUAACGCAGCCCAACAGGGCGCAUCUACCCCGCCUGGUGGAUGUAGACCGCUAUCUGGAUGGGGGACCCGGGGAUGACUGGGGUAAUGUGGUGAGCAAUGGAAGUUUCAGCAAGCUGAUCGGACCCGGAAUGCGGACAGGUUGGGCGGAGGCUACCGAGAAGGUAGCGUAUGGUCUGUCACAAGCAGGCUCAAGUCGGUCCGGAGGCGCACCGUCGCAUAUGUGCGCCGCUAUCAUUGCGCAGCUGUUCCCCACGGGGAUUGUACAAGACUUCAUUGGCGAUGUUCUGCAACCGGCGUACGCCCGCCGCUACCACCGGAUGAUGUCUGCCAUACGUGAGCAUCUUGUUCCCCUCGGCGUGGGGCUUCCCCCAGUUUCUGAUGUGGCAGGGGGUUACUUUAUCUGGCUUCGACUCCCACAUCCAUUACGGUCGAGCGAGCUUGUACCCAUCGCACUGCGCGAACAGAAUUUGAUCGUAGCAUCUGGUAAUGUCUUUCGGAUAGAUGGAGAUGCGGCAGGCGACAAGAACGACUUUGACGACGGCAUGCGCCUCUGCUUUGCGUGGGAGCGUGAGGAUAGACUCGAAGAGGGGGUGCGUCGACUUGCAUCGGUCAUUCGUGAAGCUCUCAAGUAA